AUAAUAUCAUGCACCAUUUUAAAUAAAUUUUUAAACUAACCUUUUCAGAUUUUAGUUGAAACUCGUGUACAUUUGGAAUAACCUAUUGCAGUUAAUAUUCUCGCGGGCGGCUUAAUCGAAAGUACUUGAAAAUGUUCAAAACGCCUGAAUACAGUAAGAGACUGUCAAUGAAGUUAUCUCAGGUGUUUGAGGAUAUUGGAGUAAAUGAGAAGAUGGUGAUAAAAAGAAGAAGAGCGUUCAUGCUUAUAGAGAGUAUCGAAACAGUCUCAAAUGGUAACGAUUGUACUACGUAUUACUUUGGUAGUCAAUCUGAGGGAACAACUACACUAGAACUUGGUUCAGAUGUUGACACGAUGAUUGUAUAUCAUACGGAUAAUGUUAUUCAGGAGUUACCAGAAUGGAGACACAAUAAGAACAAUUUUCUAAUGAUACAAGACGAGAAUGUAACGCCAGGGUAUUGUUUCUUACAACUGUUAAGAUACGAUUUUCCUUUCCCUGUGACAACCAUUCCAAAUGAUGAGUUCUUCCGUGAUAAGAAUCGUAGGAUAUUAUUAAAGAAUACAAUAAGGAGUGGAAUAAUUCGUGACAAUUCUGAGCGACACGGGCCGUCCGAAGCUUUAGCCGGUCGAGAAGGUUACAUUGAUACGGAUCUCGUUCGUGCUCUUCCUUGUUUUUCAUGGCCAAAAUCUGCAUCUCACUUUUUAGAACAAGGGACAAGAAAAUGGCCAUUUAAUGAAAUGAUAAGAUAUGCUACUAGCAAUGGGUGUUUUGUUGUUGGCGCUUCAAGCAAAAUAGCUGUCCACUCAAAUUUAGAAUGGAGAAUUUCUACAUCUUUAGCAGAAAGAUGUUUCAUGUUUAAUUUAAAUUUAACACAGUUACAGUGUUAUGUUUUAUUGAAAAUAAUAUUGAAAACCUUCCUUAAUACUAACAAAACAAAUGAAUUGUCAAGUUAUAUGUGUACGACAUAA